AUGUCCAAGCGUGCAGGAGAACACGAUGACGGCCCCUUGAAGGGUGGCCACCGCCCAGACGCCAUGGACAUUGACGACAAGGCCGACGACGGCAUGGGCGAAUUCGAGGACGAGUUCGAGGACGAGUUCGAGAGCGAGGACGAGAUCCUCGAGGCCGGUGUCGAUGGCAGGCCAGAUGCUGAGAGGGAAGCAGAGGAGAAAGCAGCCGCAGGAGAAAUGGACGUCGACAGCGCCGCCACGGGGCCCGGCACAUUCAUCGUCGGCCGUACAAAACUCGAGCCCGGCCAGACUCUGGCGCCCGAUCCGAGCACCUACCACAUGCUUCACAACCUUUCCACCCCGUGGCCCUGCCUCUCCUUUGACAUCAUCCGCGACUCCCUCGGCGACAACCGCAAGGUCUAUCCCGCCACCAUGUACACUGUCUCGGGCACCCAGGCCGAAGGGCAACGUGCCAACGAGAACGCACUGAUGGUCAUGAAGUUCGCUGGCCUGAGCAGGAUGGACAAGGACGGCGAGGACAGCGAUGACGAGGAAGACGACGAUGACGACGAGGAUGCUGAUCCCAUCCUGGAGUCCAAGAGCAUUCCUCUGUCCUCGACUACGAACCGCAUACGCGCCCACCAGACUCCCAACUCGGACCCCUCCAAACCUCCCACCACCCUCGUCGCGACCAUGACCGAGUCCUCCGACGUCUACAUCCACGACAUCACGCCCCAUCUCUCCAGUUUCGAUACGCCUGGGGCUGUGGUCUCCGACAGGCAGAAUAAGCCCCUCUCUACGAUCCGCGCCCACAAGUCAGAAGGCUAUGCCGUCGACUGGUCGCCCUUGUCGCCGGCAGGGAAGCUUGCGACCGGCGACAACAACGGUGUCAUCCACGUGACGACUCGCACUGAUGGAGGUGGCUGGGUCACAGACACCAGGCCCUUCACAGGCCAUACUGGCAGCGUGGAGGAGAUCCAAUGGAGUCCGAGCGAGGACAAGGUCUUUGCCUCAGCAUCGUCUGACGGCUCCAUCCGCAUCUGGGACGUGAGGAGCAAGAGCCGGCAGGCCAUGAUCACGAUGCAAGUCAGCAGGACCGACGUCAACGUCAUGAGCUGGAGCAAGCAGAGGUCCAACCUGCUGGCCUCCGGGGACGAUGACGGGGUCUGGGGUGUGUGGGACCUGCGGCAGUGGAAGCCCAACGCCACCGAGAAGCCCACGCCAGUCGCAAGCUUCGACUACCACAAGGAGCAGAUUACGAGUGUCGAGUGGCACCCCACCGACGACAGCAUCGUUGCCAUCGCGGCCGGCGAUAACACGGUCACGCUGUGGGACCUCGCUGUCGAGCUGGAUGACGAAGAAAGCAAGGACACCGCAGGCGUGAAUGAUGUGCCGCCCCAGCUGCUGUUUGUGCACUACCACGAGCAGGCCAAGGAGCUGCACUGGCACCCCCAGAUUCCUGGGGCCUUGGUUGCCACGGGUCAGGAGUUCAGCGUCUUCAAGACAAUCAGUGUCUGA